GGUGUUCCCAGAGAUUAUAAAUAAUCCGGCGUUCCCUAUAAAAAUAAUCUUUAUGAAUGAACCUGGAGCAGAGUGAACUCUAUCCUUCAUCCUUGCCCUUAGAAAAAGGGUGUUCCUCUCACGCGACACAUCACUCACGUUUCUCCCCCCCUCCACACACCGCCUUCUUUGUAAAGAAAAAAAUAGCAACGCGAGAAGGAGGAGGGUGAGGGGGGAUAAAGAAAAAAAAAAUGAAGUCAAUUAUACAACACCCCGACUAUCUGUAUCUCCCUCCUUCCCAGCGCCUCCUCUAUGCUUUAAACUCCAACAGCUGGUGGCUCCACAUGCGCGGCGGCGCUCCGUAGCCUCUCACCGCUUCCAGCCCGCAGGCAUGUCGGCCGGGGGCUCCGGCGGCACCCCGGACAACCCGGCAGACCAAGCUGCAGAGGAGGAGGAGGAGGGGCCAAGCCAAGCAGGAUUGACAAUGCCAUCUGUCGAGCUGCCAAGGAAACGGAAAGGAGAGGUGGAAGAGAGGUCAGACACCCGUGUACAGCAAAACUUCAGCUUCAGCCUAGAGGAUGACCUCUGCAGGUCUGAGGGGGAGGAUCAGCAAGUCAAAAUGAAAUGCUAUAGGGAGCCUCACCGGCAGAUUGAGAAGCGGCGGAGGGACAAAAUGAACAACCUCAUAGAUGAGCUUUCCGCCAUGAUCCCUGCCUGUCAGCCAAUGGCGCGGAAGCUGGACAAGCUCACUGUUUUACGAAAAGCUGUACAACACCUGAAAGCCCUCAAAGCCGGAGCGAGCGGCGCCUUCGCAGACACCAAGCAUAAGCCUUCCAUCCUGCCUCAUGACGACCUCUGGCAUCUUCUGCUCAGGGCUGCAGAUGGCUUCCUGUUAGUCGUAAGGUGCGACCGGGCAAAGAUCCUAUUCAUAUCUGAGUCUGUCUCCAAGAUCCUUAACUUCAGCAAGAUGGAGCUAACAGGGCAGAGCUUGUUCGAUUUCAUUAACCCCAAAGAUAUCCACAAGGUGAAGGAACAGCUUUCAUCCUCGGAGAUGCUCCCCCAGCAGCGCCUCGUCGACGCCGCAACUGGAGUCCAGGUCCAGACGGAAACCCCCAUCAGGCCGUCGUACUUGACCGCUGGAGCUCGGAGAUCCUUUUUUUGCCGUAUGAAGCACAGUCGGGUCGCAGGGAAGCACGAAGACAAGCACUCACUGCCUGGUGUUUCUAAGAAGAAAGAAACAUACAGAUACUGUACCCUCCAUUGCACCGGAUAUAUGCGGACUUGGCCGAGCAGCGAACUGGAUCCAGAGGGUGAUGGCGCAGAGAAAGAGACCGCCAGCCUGAACUGCCUAGUCACGGUGUGCCGCCUCCAUCCCCACGUUUCCCACCAGCCCCCAAAAGACGUCAACGUCAAAGCCACCGAGUUCGUAACCCGCUGUGCAAUCGACGGCAAGUUCACUUUUGUAGAUCAACAGGCCACGACAGUCAUUGGUUAUUUGCCACAGGAAGUUCUUGGCACCUCUUGUUACGAGUACUUCCACCAGGAUGACCUUCAGCAUCUGGCAGGGAAACACAGACAAGUUCUUCGAAGCAAAGAAAAGAUUGAGACACAAUGCUACAAGUUCAAAACAAAACAUGGCGCUUAUGUUACGCUCCAAAGCCAGUGGUUUAGUUUCACCAAUCCGUGGACCAAAGAAGUCGAGUUCAUGGUCUCUUCAAACAGGGUUAUCUCGGGACCUGGUCACGCAAAAGAUGAUAGUGAGGCUGGCAGCUCAAAAUCGAAUCAGGAAGACUCUAAGCAAAUCCCGGAAAUACUCUGCCUCUCCAGUGGUGUAGGCACGAUGAUCUACGCAGGCAGGAUAGGGACCCAAAUCGCAAAUGAACUAGGAGACACAUACAGGGCAAACUCAUCUCCAUCAAGUGGAGCUUCAAGUCCAUUUGGCUCUGUCCAGGAAAAAUGUCCGCUGACCAGCAGGAGUAUUUCCAGCAGAGAGGAAGAAGCAAGCAGCUCUUCAAACUCCCAGUCUCAGACUGAUUCCGGUAAAGAAGCUGCCGGAAGCAGUGCAGCAUCUGAAUGUCGAGGUGAGCCAUUCCAGCUGGAUUUGGAUGUCCCCGGGCUCAGCAGCUUCAGCAGCGACGAGGCAGCCAUGGCCGUCAUCAUGAGCCUGCUGGACUCAGACGUGAACAUGGGCCAAUCAGGGGACUUUGAGGAUUUACACUGGCCUUUCUAGAGGGAGCUUGUACUCUCAUUCACUCCUCUAAAGUUCUUGUGCCCUUUUCCUUACCAUAUGCCAAGAACAUGUGAACGAUAUAACCAAUGGUUGUCGUCCUCAAACAAAUGAAGGCACUGGACAUUUCCUAGAGGUUGCAACGUGUCUUACUUGAGGACUUCUGUGUGGUAACUUGAGAAUUGUUGUGACCAAUCUUCUUGGUCUUUUGAUCCAUGCUUGAAGCAAAAAGAGGGUGAAGUGCAUCUGGAGCCAGUGGUGAGCCAGAGUCUUCCUCAGUGAGACCUCAGCACCUCAAGGUGGUCUAGACAAACUUGUGUUUGCUCUGCUGCCAUCAGUUACCACGGCAUGAAGAAGAAUGAAACUCUUGUCAUGUUCAGUGCUGCUAUAGAAACUCCUCAAACGUUAACAGCUAUGUAUUUGCAUUUGCAUAAUGAAGACUGUCCUAUUUUUUAUUACGUGAAUGAUUGUGUUUUUUUCAUAUUUAAAGCCCUAUUUGCAAAACUCAAAGUAAAAUAAUUCUAUGAAAGGUA